AACAAGCACCUGCCAAAUUAAGUCAGUCUUACUUUUCUACUGCAUGGAUAAUUAUCCCUUUAACGUUACCCCAAGUGACAAUUAUCCUCCCCCAUUUGAAAACCUCUCUCCAACUGGCUCUGGUAGACAUCCGAAUUUCAAAGGAAUUCGGAUGAGGAACGGUAAAUGGGUAUCCGAAAUACGUGAGCCUCGAAAAACUACACGUAUAUGGCUAGGUACCUUCCCAACUCCUGAGAUGGCAGCUGCUGCUUACGACGUUGCAGCCUUGGCAUUAAAAGGCCCUGACACACAAUUAAACUUUCCAGAUUGCGCUAACUCGUACCCUGUGCCCCUUUCUCUAGCAGCUGCAGAUAUACGUACUGCGGCUGCAAAUGCUGCUGCCGCUAGAGCGCCUCCUUCAGAAAGCAGUAUUGAUCAGGCAACGCCUGAUCAGACAGCUGGAGUUUCUGGAGAUACUGUAGCAGCAGCAGCACCGGGGCAGAGUCAGGAGUUUGUAGAUGAAGAGGAAAUAUUCGGAAUGCCGAAAUUGCUGGAUGAUAUGGCAGAGGCAAUGCUUGUUAGCCCGCCAAGGAUGCAUCAGUCAACGUCUUACGAUGAAUCGCCUGAAAAUUCUGAUGCAGAUAACCUCUGGAGUUACCCAUAAAGUAUGAAAGUAACGUCUUUACUUUUCAUAUAUGAGGAAAGGAAACUAUGGCCCCCCCAUGUACAGUCCAGAACCUAGAAUAACGGAACCACUAUUUAUAAGUUUAGUGGGUUUUCAUUUGGUUUGUCUUUUUUUUUUCUUUUUUUUUUCCCCUUUUUGGCUAAUAGUCCUUGAGAAACAGUUUUCGGAAAGGACGUUGGAUUUGAAACAAGUAGUACUUGUAUUUUCUCCCUUUUAAAAAAAGAAGUUGCUUUACUUUUAUUGAAAACAAUGACUUGACUUUCUCAAAAAUCAAAAUAUUUUUAUUAGAAGUCAAACAAAAUUGUUUUCAGGUUUUGAGUAACUUCUUCAAAAUCAAACUAAAAACAAGUACACCCAUCUAAACUUAGUUGCUGUGUGGACUCUCUAUAUAGGUGAGAAGUCCCUUUUCUUGUAAUAGGAGUAAUUAAUCUUGAUGAAGUUUGUUGGGUAGAAAAUAGUACUACGUAGUCACUGUGAAGCAUUUGUGAUCUGUCUUUCAAGGAGAUAUGAAGCUCUUAAGGAACCAACAAAUAUAUGGGGCCAGAAAAUUUGCUAUGAACGUUUGACUAUGUGGAGUACUAUUGUGAGUGUCAGAAUUAAUAAUGCCAAAGCCUACUCGCUUUUUGACAUAACGAAUGACAUGAUAGUUUAUGUUCUUACAUUCUGUAUUGAUAUAUAGUUGGCUUAUUCUUACAUUCUGUAUUGAUAUAGUUGGCUUAAUAAGCCAAUGGUUUGUCCUC